AUGCCAAAAGUAAAAGGAAAAUAUCUUACAAGAAAUCAUUUUGAAAAAUUGAAUAAUGAUUCGGCUAAAUGUCAGUUAUGUGGAAAAAUUAUCAAGGUAGGCGGAGGGACAUCUAAUAUGUUGGCUCAUCUCAAGAGAAGUCAUCCACAGGCAACAGUGCCAGUCAAUCCUGAUUUAACCGUCGAAGAAUCGUUACAGCUCGCACAGGUGGAAGAAGUUAUCAAGAAAUGUAAAGCAAUUGUAAAUUUUUUUAAGAAGUCAUCUGUUGGAUGGCGCGCUCUGAAAUCAGAACAGAUACUACUACUACACUAA